UUUCAGUUUUGAGGCAAUUCAUCAGCGACGGAAAAAUAAUAUUGGAAGACAGUGUAUGUAGAAAAUGUAUAACGAUGUGCAAAAAUGAAGCGUGAUAUCAAAAAUCUUGGAAAUGAACGCCAGGAUGACCUGCGGAUAUUGUUGAAGACAGGAAUGAUAUCUGUACACUGAAAAGAAUAAAAUGGUGACGCUGAAACAGCAUAUCUUCAGUACUUAAAGGAUUUUCAUUGUCUUAGGAAAUGUCUUUAAUUUUAGAUAUAUAUUCAUACGUCGUGUGCAAGGCAAAGAAUCUGUGGCUAAACAAAAGUCAAAGCAACUUGCUUCCACAGUGUUCAAAGUCAAUCCAAUACUAUCAAACACUAAUCUGUCCAAUAGCAUUUAUGUUUAUGCAACUCAUUAUGCUAAAGGCAGCUUUUACAAAUUAAUAGCAAAUCCAUGCCCAAAAAGGAAAUGUGUAAAGUAUUUUCUUAGAAGGUCCUGCUACUGACACAAUUUUGGAUCAUGCGGUAAUGUUUCUCAGUUCAGCACCUCUUUUCCUUAUGGAUUGCCUGGACUAAGCUGUCGCAUGUCGCGAAUCAGAAACACAUUUGAUUCUGUUACCAAGGCAGUCAGUGGCAGCCAUACUGAACUGCUUAACAAAAUAGUGCGUUUGAAACCAAAUGCACUUGUAGUGGAAAAGCCAUCUGAUCCUCAAGCUGGAAUCAAGGAAUUGAACAAAUGUGUUUCUUUGAAUACAAAAGAUGAUAACUGUGAAAAAAGUGCAGAUGUAAAACCCUUGUUGGAAAAUGGGACCUCUGGCUCUGCUUCAAAAUCUAUAGCAGCCAGCACCUUUCAAAAGAAAUUGGAGAGCAGUCCAGUUUCUAAAGACAUAAAAACAGAUCUUUUCCACCCUAGCUACAUUUCUACUAAUUUUGGAGAAACAUAUAAUUUUGUAUCUAAUCAUAUUAAUGGUUAUUUUACAAGGAAAACUGGAAUGGAGGAAGAAAAGAAUGAGAAACAAAAUGACAGCAAGUGCGUGCAAUCUGAAACCAGUCAAAUAGCCAGAAAUGAUGUGGAUGGGGCAGCAACAGACACCGAGCUUCCUGAGUCUACCUCCUCUUUUGGGACUUCCAUUUCACCGAAGAAAAAAAUUGCUCAGUUCCUUUUAUAUCCGUCCAAUAGUGUUCAGGCAUUUGUUGAUAAUUAUCUUGGUACAUUUGUACCAAAAUUCCGUCAGGAUACAAAAGAUAUAGCAGAAGUAAAAGACAUAUCUUCAGCAGAUGUUGAAGUUGUUUCAAAAAAAGGAGAUCAUUCAAAUGGCAAAGACCCCAAGAGUGCUGAGGAAAAAGCCAAACGACUCUCACUACAGCGGGAAAAGAUUAUUGCAAGAGUAAGUGUGGAUAACAGAACAAGAGCAUUAGUUCAAGCACUAAAGAGGACAUCAGAUAUUCAAAUCUACAUCAACAGGGUGGAGGAGCUGAGUUAUCAUCUUUUGGAGUUUCCUGAAACUAGAGGUGUAGCUGUAAAGGAGAAAAUAAUACCGUGCUUGCUACGUCUGAGACAAAAUGCAGAUGAAAGUCUUCAAGCUGCAGUCAGAGAAGCCCUUUCAUUGGUAGGAUAUGCGGACCCAGUGAAGGGCAAUGGCAUUCGAGUGCUUUCUAUUGAUGGGGGAGGAACAAGAGGUUUAGUUGCGCUGCAGACUUUGUAUAAAUUGGAGGAGCUAACAGGAAAGCCUGUUUACCAGCUGUUUGACUAUAUUUGUGGUGUUAGUACAGGAGCCAUAUUAGCUUUCAUGUUGGGAGUGUUCCAGAUUCCACUUAAUGAAUGUGAAGAGAUGUACAGAAGACUGGGAUCAGAUGUAUUCAAACAGAAUGUUAUUGUUGGCACAAUGAAGAUGGGGUGGAGUCAUGCCUUUUAUGACAGUGAAACUUGGGAAAAUAUUCUGAAAGAGAGAUUAGGUUCAGGUCUUCUGAUAGAAACGUCCAGAAGUCCACAAUGCCCAAAGGUGGCAGCAGUAAGCACAAUUGUAAAUAGAGGGACACCUUUAAAAGCAUAUAUCUUCAGGAACUACAAUCUUCUCCCUGGCACAAAAUCACAUUAUUUAGGUGGCUGUCAGCAUAAACUUUGGCAAGCUCUAAGAGCAUCAUCUGCGGCUCCAGGCUACUUUCAAGAAUAUUCUCUAGGCAGCUAUCUUCAUCAGGAUGGAGGUUUAUUGAUCAACAAUCCUUCUGCUCUGGCUCUUCAUGAGUGUAAAUGUCUAUGGCCAGACACCCCUGUCCAGUGUCUAAUAUCUUUAGGAACUGGACGUUAUGAGUCACUAGGUCAGAACAACGUCACAUAUACAAGUCUGAAGACAAAGCUUACCAAUGUUAUCAGCAGUGCGACAGAUACUGAAGAGGUACACACAAUGCUCGAUGCUUUGCUGCUUCCAGACACCUACUUUCGCUUCAAUCCAGUGAUGAAUGAGGACAUACCGCUUGAUGAAAAUCGGAAAGAAAAACUAAAUCAACUGCAAAUGGAUGGUAUUCGUUACUUGGAGAGAAAUGAAAACAAACUCAAAAAAGCAGCCAAAAUACUAAUGAAGGAAAAGACAACAUCUCAGAAAGUAGCUGAUUGGAUUAAAUUAAAAGCAGCAAUGUAUGAUGGUAUCCCACCUUUUUCAAAAUUAUAAGGUUUAAAAUGGUAAAUAUUUGAUCUACUGUACAAUCUGAAUAAAAAUAAUUUAUCUUACCUUUCUUGGGAAAAGUCAGAAGUAACAGCACUCAUUUGUGCUUUAGGAAAUGAAACUUGCUUAAAGGUACUUGUCAAGUAAUUUGCUUUUUGCCUUUUGGAAGAGCUAAUCACUUAAUGGUACUUGAAGGUAAAUUCUUACUAAUAGCGAAAACCCAUUACUGGUUUGACCUUGUGUGCUUUUAUUAAUGAUUACUUAUUUAAAACAAAACACUUAAACCAUUUUGGAGUGCCAGACAGAAUAUUUCACUGAUUAUUGCAUGCAGAAAUGUGAGGAACGUUAUAUUGUAAGAUAAACAUUUUUGGUGUGUCUUUUUUUUUUGUUGAUAAUAUCGAAUAAUGAAUUGCACCUCACAAGAUGCUGUUUUCCACUAGGCUUUUAAUUAUGUCAAUUAGUUCUUCACAUGUAAUGUUUUUGUUUGUCGAUUACCAAAUAAUUGCAUAGUCUGAUAUCAUGUUAAAUUUGAAGUUUAUGCAUGUGUCUCUUUAUUAAAAAAAGUAUGUGUAGUCCAUUGCACUGCUAUUUGAAUACAUUUUGUGGUGAAAUCUGGGAUAUUGCGGACACAGAAGUGUUCCUUGCUAAUUGUUUAAAUAAUGUGUGUAGCAUUUUCAGCUUAGAGUGCUUUCAUGUUUUUUUUUUUUGCUUAUCUUUUGUAUUUCCCACAUUUGAUGAAAACAGUUAGCCCAGGUGAUGGAGUAAUAGAAAUAUUUCAUUGUAUCUAGGCACCUAGGAUCUACCCAGCACUGGAGGGUGUGUAGAUCUCUAACAUA